GCGGCAGCGUGUGUGUGCGCGCACAGGUUUGUUUUCAGCUUUGCUCACUGCUGAAAAAUGGGCGAGAUAGAAGGAACGUACCGAGUACUGCAGACUCCUGGCUCCCGUUUGGGUGUGCAGAAAAACACCGGAGUGAGUACCCUGGAGCCAGGGCAGAAUCUCUCCACUGCCAUGGCAUCCUCCCCGGCCAAAACGCACGAGAGGGAUCUGCAGAUCAAAAUAAAGAUGUUGGACAACACGGUGGAAGUGCUUGACAUUGAAUCAAAAUGCUAUGGGCAAGCAUUACUGACGGAAGUUUACAAGCAUCUGAAUUUGAUGGAGUCAGACUAUUUUGGAAUUGAAUUCCAGAACAUUCAGCCAUACUGGAUUUGGCUGGAGCCUAUGAAACCUGUUAUUAAACAAGUACGGAGACCAAAGACUACAAUGCUUCGUCUAGCAGUCAAGUUUUUCCCUCCAGACCCUGGCCAGUUGCAAGAAGAAUAUACCAGGUAUCUGUUUGCAUUGCAGAUCAAGAGGGACUUGGCAGAGGAGCGGCUAACCUGCAGUGACAACACGGCAGCUCUUCUCGUCUCUCAUCUUCUGCAGUCUGAAAUAGGGGAUUUUGAUGACUCGGAGGAUCGAGAACACCUUAAAACAAAUCAGUAUUUGCCAAACCAGGAAAGAAUUCAAGGAAAAAUCCUGGAGUUCCACAGGAGACAUGUGGGUCAAACUCCUGCUGAAUCAGACUUCCAAGUGCUUGAAGUUGCCCGGAAACUGGAGAUGUACGGGAUAAGAUUUCACCUUGCAUCGGACCGUGAGGGCACAAAAAUCAAUCUGGCUGUUUCGCACAUGGGUGUGCUAGUAUUCCAGGGUAACACRAAAAUUAACACCUUCAACUGGUCUAAGGUCCGUAAACUAAGCUUCAAGAGGAAGAGGUUCCUUAUUAAACUCCACCCAGAGGUCCGUGGCCCAUAUCAGGAUACACUGGAGUUUCUUUUGGGAAGUAGAGAUGAGUGUAAAAACUUCUGGAAAAUCUGUGUUGAGUAUCACACGUUCUUUAGGCUGUUUGAUCAGCCAAAGCCGAAGGCUAAAGCAGUGUUCUUCACCAGAGGGUCUUCCUUCAGAUACAGUGGACGGACGCAGAAGCAGCUAGUGGAUUACAUUAAGGACAGCGGGAUGAAGAAAACUCCAUAUGAGAGGCGGCACAGCAGAGCUAGAGUGUCUGCUCACGCUUCCAACGCAGACGUGCCCAAACAGAGUGUCCCCUUCACUGAGGGCUUGAGAACCCCAGGGUCUCCUGCCUCAGCAAGCACCCCCUUCCAUUCAGUUCAUUCAGCGACCACUCCUCCUCCUGUCCUGCCCAUCUUUGCAGAAACCAGCCCUUCCUCGGCAGAGCCCCACGCGCCGUUCGCAAGGAUUCCUGAAAAAAAUCCCGCGAUGCCAGCGGAAGAAGCUGUGAGGAAGCCGAUGCCGCAGCCGGGAUCUGCCAUGCUCCAGUCAUUCCAAGGCCUCUCUGUGGACCAUUCUCAGAUCUCCUCCUUCACGUUGAAGAGUCCCCUGAGUUUGAACCCGGCAUUUCCAGUGAAUUUGAACUCAGCUGGUCAGGGUUCAUCUCCCCUCCUGAGCCCUGUCCUGAGUGAUGCUGGUGGUGCCAGGAUAGAAGAUGAGGAUGAAAUGAAACGUAAGCGCUAUCCAGCCGACAAGGCUUACUUCAUAGCGAAGGAGAUUCUCGCUACAGAGAGGACCUAUCUGAAGGACCUGGAAGUUAUUACYGUGUGGUUUCGCAGYGCAGUCAUCAAGGAGAACGCUAUGCCUGAAGGCCUGAUGACGCUGCUCUUCUCUAACAUUGACCCAAUAUAUGAGUUUCACCGGGGCUUCCUGAAGGAGAUUGAGCAAAGGCUCUCACUCUGGGAAGGAAGAUCCAGUGCUCAGGUUAAAGGAGAUUAUCAACGAAUUGGAGAUGUCAUGCUCAGGAAUAUGCGUACCCUAAAGGAGUUUACCAGUUACUUGCAGAAGCACGAUGAGGUCCUGACCGAACUGGAGAAAGCAACGAAGCGCCUAAAGAAACUGGAAAUGGUUUACAAGGAGUUUGAGCUGCAGAAAGUUUGCUACCUGCCGCUCAACACGUUUCUGCUCAAACCCAUCCAGAGGCUGAUGCACUACAAGCUGAUCCUGGGGAGACUUUGCAAGCACUACACGACCGAGCACCGGGACUACGCGGAUUGCCGGAAUGCGCUGAAGGAAGUCACGGAGAUGACGUCUCAACUCCAGCACAGCCUGAUCCGCUUGGAGAAUUUCCAGAAGCUGACAGAGCUGCAGCAUGACUUAAUUGGUAUUGAUAAUCUCACAGCACCUGGUAGGGAGUUUAUCCGGGAAGGCUGCUUGUACAAGCUCACUAAGAAAGGUUUACAGCAACGGAUGUUCUUUCUGUUCUCAGAUAUGUUGCUCUACACAAGCAAAGGUGUUACAGGGACAAAUCAAUUCAAAAUUCACGGGCAUCUUCCUCUGCAUGGCAUGUUGGUAGAGGAGAGUGAGAACGAAUGGGCUGUCCCACACUGCUUCACAAUCUAUUCAGCACAGAAAACCAUAGUAGUGGCAGCAAGUACCCGCCUGGAGAUGGGCAAGUGGAUGGAAGACCUAAAUGUGGCAAUCGAAAUGGCCAAGAAAUCCACAGAGAAGUCUGAGAUGCUUCUGGAAAACUCCGUAUGCAACCGUUCCAACAGAUCCUCUGAUGAGGUCUCCCUAGAGCAGGAGUCCGAAGAUGACACUCACUCUUCCCGUAGCUCCUUGGACAGGCAGAGCCACCACCGGGCCAACACAACCAUGCACGUGUGCUGGUACCGCAACACCAGCGUCUCCAUGAGCGACCACAGUGUGGCCGUCGAGAAUCAGCUCUCGGGAUAUUUGCUACGGAAGUUCAAGAACAGCAAUGGCUGGCAGAAACUGUGGGUCGUCUUCACCAACUUCUGCUUGUUCUUCUACAAAACGCACCAGGACGAUUUCCCGCUGGCCAGUCUCCCGCUCCUUGGCUACGUGGUCAGCUCCCCUGUGGAGGCAGACGGCAUUCAGAAGGAUUACGUCUUCAAGCURCAGUUCAAGUCUCACGUGUACUUCUUCAGGGCUGAGAGCAAAUAUACCUUUGAGAGGUGGAUGGAGGUGAUCAAGAGAGCUACCAACUCUCCUGCAAGAUCGAACCUGCUGCUUCCUAAAGAUGAGAAGGGGAGUCACACAGACUGAAGGGAGGCAGAGCUGGAUCUCUGCUAUAAUCCAGAGUAAAAGAGGUGGGUGGAAACAGGAGUCCCUGGAGCMGCUAAAGCAAAGAACCAGGAUGCUCCUUUCCUCCCUGUCUGGAAAGUGAGAGCGAGGCUGUUACGGACUGCACAGUGUGGAAGAGGGUCAGGUCUGCUCCAGCUGAACCUACCUAGGGAGCAGCUAACAACAGCGGCGUGCAACACUUGGUGGAAGGUGUUUUGUACCAAGCCUGCACCCCUGCCUGUCCUGAAGGCAACCAACACCUCUUUCUACGUUGUGACUGGGUGGCCAGCAUGUACGAGAGACAAGCCAGCAAUUGCCAGUGGUGUGUUUGGCUUGUGGGCGCUGCUGUCAGGCUCGCUGGCUCCCAGGAGGUCCCUUCCCCUGAGCUAAGAGCUGCUGUCUCACUCACUGCUCUUACUGUCGACCUGCUGCCGCAGUCUCUUUAGACUAAUGGGGUCCGCAGAUAUAUUUGCUUUAACUCAGUUAAUUUUGACCAGAAACUGCAGAACAAUUCUGCUCUUUGGAAGCUGUUAUGGCAGCAAUUUUGUAGGGGAAGGGGGAAGCCGGAACCUCUAGGCUGUUGAGGUGCCAGGACUGUGGGUCAGUCCAGGUAGGGUGCAUGGUUUUUUCCUUAGAAGUCCGCUAAGUUGCAUGCUGAGAAGGUCACCUGCUGUUCUCAUAUUACGGCUCCAAUGUCUCUUCAUCCUGUAACAGGUGUUACUUAAGGCAGGGGCUGGYAAAUGCUCUGUCCACCCUUCUGGGGGUGAUGUUUUCAGGUUGUUUAAGCAGUAUGGGAGGACAAGCUCCUCUGAAAGUCACUGUCGCUUGUGCUUCUGUGUCACUUAAAGACUUUUAAAAUCCCUGUUGUUACUUUGAAAUAUGGGACAGCCCUAUCUUUCAUUUCACAUGAAGGUGUAAAAGUCACUGGAUUCUAGCUGGAGCAUUAGUGUCUGUGGACUCUAUUAAACCUCUGUAUCAACUCUGAA